UAAGUUGCUGCGUAUCGCAUAGCCGGCUACUAAGAAGUUACGUCGAAUGGAAGAGUCUGCAGUCAAGACCCUGAUUAAAUGCGUGUGCGAAGGAAAGUUGGAGGAACUUCAGAGACGUUUGGAACAAAGCUCCGAAGAAGUCCGCAGAAGACUGGCGAAUGGGAGAUACGGACAAAGCAAGAUGACAGCUUUUCACCGAGCCAUAGAGAAAGGCCACGAGGGGAUUGCCAAGUUACUGCUGGAGAAAAAAUUAGCAGACGUCCGCGCUACUGAUCAUCAUCGCCGCACCGCCCUUCAUAUUGCCACUUCAAGUGAAAACCAAAACAUUGGUGUAAUAGAGUUAGUUCUCAGAUGUCAAGGUGUAGAGGUCGAUGCCUUAGAUGGGUUUGGCAAUACUCCAUUGAAGCUUGCAGCAGAAAAAGGUCACUGUGAAACUGUGGAGCUACUGAUAGCAAAGGGGGCUGAUGUAAACAGAGCAGACAAGGUCGACAACACCCCUCUCCAUGUUGCUGCAAAAAAUGGCCAUGAUGCAGUACUAGAAGUGUUGCUUAAAAAUGUACAAAUGAGAACCAUCGGAAAACAGACUAAGGAUAAAUAUACAGCUCUGCACCAUGCUGUUGGAAGGAAUAACGAGAGAUGUGUUGCACUUCUAAUCGCGAAUGGUGCAGGAACCUGUGCUGAGUUAAAAAAUGAGCAAGGGCGCACACCAUUGGACUUGGCAAAUGAUUAUUCCAACAAAAAAAUUAAGGAGUUCCUAAAGUAUCCUAAUAAAGCAAGAGAGUUUCUAGGAAGGCAGAAUCCGAAAGCGCCGCCGCUAAUAGAUUGUUCUGUGGAAUUAGAUGGCUUGAAAGAUGGAGUACCUGAAUUGAAUAUUUUGGAGAAACUGGCAAAAAAAAUUCCAAGGAAAUGGAAGGAUCUUGGGCGUCGGCUGUUUGAUUGGGACGAAUCAAAGCUCGAGGCAUUCGACACAGACGAAAAGAAAUGUCAUGAAAAGGCAUACGCCAUGUUGCGGACAUGGAGAGAAGGCAAAGGUUCAGGUGCAACUUAUCGCGUUUUAAAUGACGCGCUGUGCGAUACUGAGCUUAAAGAGUUGGCUGAAACAUUUUGUCGAGUUGUCAACUGAAAGUUCCUGUAUCAACUGAUUGAAUAACUGUCAUUUCUUCCGAAAACUGGCUCACCUUUGCACCUUUUUACUACGGUGAGAGGUAAUUCCGGACAAGUAGGGAAUCUUUAUCCAACGACAGAACAGAUUGGCUGAGACUGAGUUGAAAUGAACGCAAACUCAAAUUUAAAGACCUUAGAAUUUUUUGUCGUUUGAAGACUGUAUGUAUUCGACUUGUAAAACCUUAGCUUUCAUUGAUGCAUUUCACGAACACAUGAACUCGCAAGGCCAAAACCACAAUUAAAUUUUAGGCUGUGGCCGUCAAUCAGUUUCAGUUACAUUGCUAUGAAGUGAAACUUUUGUUAUUUUGUUGACUCGUUCAAAUUUCGCAUUAUUUUGGAGGUGGUUUUGUCAUUGGUUCGCGAACUUGCGAACGUUGCAAAGGCGUAGGUAGUGAGCAGUCAGGCUGUCAGAGCGAAGUUGCCUUACCCGAUCGAGUUAUACACAACCAACGGUAAGCCAGUAAGUUACGGUCUUUUAAAAAAAACCGUACAAAACUUUUGUUAAAGCUCAAUAAAAUCGUUUACAGGAUA